UGUUUGACAGCCCAUGAAAUGAACCCAUUGUCUUUAAUGUCCAUCUUUUACACAUAAAAGUAUAUUUUUUCCUUAAAACCGUACUUAUCUUCAGUAAGAAAAUUUUACUAGUGUUACAUUCAAGCCCGUUUCAUUUAUUAGUAAGGUAUACAUUCAUAAUUGUGUUAUAAAUUACGCGUACCCAUCAUUGUUAACGCGCGAUUUGCCGGUAUGCUGUAAAUACAAUAUUUAAUCAGAAGUACAUUAGAUACUCGCACACAACAUCAAAUUGAUGAAGAAAUAAUGUAUGAAGAGGAUGAUUACAUUGAAGAAAACACUUGGGCAUAUAUCGCAUUGUGUGGCGAACCAACCCUCUACGAAGGGCUUAGAUUUGCAAAAGACUUGAUAAUAGCGAACAUAAUUUUGCGCUGUAUAAUACAGUACGUGCCUAUACCACACAACGUGCGGCACAGCGUGUCCCUUGUCAUCGGAACCUUCCUGCUGUACUGCAAUGUCGGCGCCGCCUUCGUGUGGACGGUGGGCCUGGCUGCCAGCUCCUACAUCAUCAUACUGGCUCUAUCCUACUUGACAAAGAAGCAUAGAGGGGUAAUAAUCUCUGUCAUUACCAUUGGUUACCUGGUACUGUGUGAGGUGUAUGUGAUCAAUCCCAAGAUGUGGCAGCAGAUUCGAGGUAUUCAAAUGAUAGCAGCAAUGAAAAUAAUAUCAGUAGCUAUAGAUUUGGAUAGAAAUCUUUUUAAAAGUAUGAUUAAUCCUGUUGAAUUUGGCGGUUACAUGAUGUGCCCUGCCAAUUGUAUUCUUGGACCAUGGAUCUCCUUCCAUACCUACAGCACUUACCUUGAUGUAAAAUUUUUAUCGAGAAGGUGGAUAAAAUUAAUUGUAAUAAAUUUUGCACUAUCAAUGCUUUUUUUAGUUUUGUCAAACUGCAUUGUUCCCUGGUACGUCCCAGAUAAUAUUACUAAAUGGUUGGUUGCUUAUCGAGAUGCCCAAGCUUUCAGGAUGUCACAUUAUUUUGUUUCAAGUAUGUCGGUGGUAACAAUGCUGAGUGCUGGUUUUGGCCUCACAAAUGACUGUCACUCAGAACUAACUAUCACAAGACCAUUCUUUAUUGAGCUUCCAAGAUCUCUUGUGCAAGUAGUAGUGUACUGGAAUAUGCCUAUGCAUCAAUGGUUAAAGAAUUACGUGUUUAGGACAUGUCAACCAUUUGGGCACUUUGUGGCUCUCCUAUCAACUUAUGUGGUCUCUUCAUUGCUCCAUGGUCUGAAUUUCCAAUUAGCUGCUGUCCUGCUGAGCAUUGGAACCUUUUCAUAUGUAGAAUAUAACUUUAGACACAAGGUUGCAUCAGCAUUGGAAGUCUGCUGCUUAGCUAACCCAUGUACAAAAGCAUGCCACCACAGACACAAAAAGAACAGUUUCCUAGCUGUGAUUAUCAACACUGUGUUUUCCUUAACAACAAUAAUACACCUUGCAUACCUUGGAGUAAUGUUUGAGGCAUCCUUCUCUGUCCAGGAGUCUGGCUACUCUUAUAAUCAUACUCUCAGUAAAUGGGAAAACCUUAAUUACUUCAGUCAUGGUUUAGUAGCAUUCACAUACAUUAUCUAUUUAAUGAUGUAACAUUACAGUGAAUAGUCAACAGCAUUGCAAGUAACAAAUUGUAUCUUAGGUUUAUGUGCACAAACAUAAUCACACAUAAUGAUAGGUACUAGUAGAAAUAUCUCUAUAGGGCUUAGAUUAAUAUUUGGUAGCUAUUUAUAUAGUUGACUGGUUUGUUAAUAAAACAAAGUAAUGCUGUCAUUUUGUAUUAGAAUCAUAUUCAUAAAUACAUUGUGUGAUACUACCUAGAAGGGCCACCUCAACUAUGAGAAGUAUAGAUGGAUAGAAAACAUUUUUUACAUAAUUUUUUAUAAAUACUAAAUCAAUGAAGAAUGGUUGAAAUUAAAAUUUAGCUAUCCUACAAUAAAAACAAUAUCCUAAUUUCAGUGCAAACUUUUUUUUUACUUUCUAAUACUGGGUCAAAAUAAAGUUAACAAAAUAGUGAUAUAGACAUUUAAAUAUAUAAUUUUGUAGAAUAUAGGUUCUCUAUCUUCAGGUCAUUGAAAUCUAGAUAUUCUAGAUUGUGACUGGCAGAUGUGUUUUAAUCCAUUUAAUUUUCUACCUUAACAUUAACAGAAAAAAUAUUAUGCACAUAUUAAUAUUUAGGUAGGUACAUUGUUUAUUACAACAAUAUCAAAAUAUAUUUAUAAAAAUCUGUUAAUCAUAAAAAAUAAAAUAGUAUAAAAUAGUAAUGUUGUAAUGGAAAUGCUGGGUAGUAUCACACAUUUAUUUUUUCAUUGUAAGUACUAAGAGUAAGGUGAUAAUAUUUACAUGUCUGAAGUCAAUCUGAAAUGUUUACUGGAAAACUUUGUAAUGUACUUUAUGUAGGUAUCUUAACAAUAUCAAUUACAAAACUGAUAAGUUUAUUUCUAAGGAGCACAUAUAUCAUUGAAAUAUCAAUCUUUCGAAUCUCAUCCUCAUCCUAUUCUUAACUUUUAUAUGAUUGAUCUCUCAGUAUUACUAUGUAUUAAGACUACUAUUUUAGCUCUUAAGCAAAACAUUUCUAUACUUUUCCUUUAAUUACAAAAAGUGCAUGAAGAAAAUGUAAAAUCAUAAAAUAUAGCAGCACAAUAAAAACAGCUGAAGUU